AUGGGCGCGAGCGGCGGCGCGCCCAAGGUGGUGCGCGUGGUGGCACGCGUGGUGGCGCCCUCAGUGGCAGGCGGCGGCACGCCCAAGGUGGUGCGCGUGGUGGCACGCGUGGUGGCGCCCUCAGUGGCGCGCGUGGUGGCGUGCAUGGUGGCGCCCUCAGUGGCAGGCGGUGGCACGCCCAAGGUGGCGCCCUCAGUGGCAGGUGGCGGCACGCCCAAGGUGGUGCCCUCAGCGGCAGGCGGCGGCGCGCCUAAGGUGGUGCGCGUGGUGGCGCGCGUUAUGGCGCCCUCAGUGGCAGGCGGCGGCGCGCCCAAGGUGGCGCGUGUGGUGGCGCGUGUGGUGGCGCCCUCAGCGGCAGGCGGCGGCGCGCCCAAGGUGGUGCGCGUGGUGGCGCGCGUGGUAGCGCCCUCAGUGGCAGGCAGCGGCGCGCCCAAGGUGGCAGCGGCGCGCCCAAGGUGGACGCGCGUGGUGGCACGCGUGGUGGUGCCCUCAGUGGCAGGCGGCGGCGCGCCCAAGGUGGUGCGCGUGGUGGCGCUCUCAGUGGCGCGAGUGGCAGCACGGCCGGUUUGCACAGCGCCCACCCCCCUGUGA